CACUGCUGUUAAGAGCUCCUCCACGUUUUCUAGUUUUUCAAGAUGAGUUUUGCAUUGAUGCGAAAAUUGCUGCUGUUGCCCAUAAAGCGGGUAUGCGUCGGCGCGGAAAACCGCCAAAAUGUUGGGGGUGGUCCGUUGAAGAUUCAAGUGCGCCAUCAUUGGCCCAUAGCUGGUCCACCACGUUGGCCCAUGUCUACGGGUCAGCGUUUUAUUAUGGGCUGGGGAUCUCUGAUCAUCAUGAUGAUAAUACCGUUCUGGGCCCUCUUCCAGGUGCCACGUUGGUCGGCCCUACAUAAUAACUUACCGUACGGCGAGGAAGAAAAAGAUAACGAAGAGGAGGUUGACAACAAGGAAAAAUAGACCAUAUAAUACGUUAAAGCUUGGCAAGAGUUUAUGUAUAAUUCACAUAAAUAUCUUGUCAUGUCUACACGAAUUACACAUCUACACGCUUUACACUUUUUAACGGUAACUCCUAAUAUUUAAGAUAUUUUACUGGUGUCCAGAGUACGAAUCACACACAUAAUUAACACUAGUAAUUACACAAAUCAUAUGUAAGACUCCACAUGAACAACAAUUUAUAACGUACUUUCAGCAACAGCGUGCGCCAGUCUUUUGUUCAAUAAAUUAUUUUAUGGAAAUCA